AUGUCGACUGCACCCUUUGAGAUCGCCUACAAGCCCAUCGACAAGCCCCAGGUCGGCGUCAACGGCUACGACGGCUUCAAGCCAGGCGAGACGACCCUCCUCAAGAAGGGCUCGACUCGCGAGGGCUGGGACGGCGAGCGCACAAAGGCCCUCGACAGCGACAUCCUCCUCGAACACGAUGUCGCCCUCACCAUGCGCGACGGCGCCACCCUCUACACCGACAUCUACCGCCCGGCCGAUGCGACUGGGCCCGUGCCGCUUCUCGUAAUGUGGUCCCCGUACGGCAAGCGCUACUCGUCGAUCAACAUGCUCCCCGUCACGACCUGGCGCUGCGGCAUCCUGUCGAGCGACCUCUCGGGAUGGGAGAAGUUCGAGGGCCUCGACCCGGCCACGUGGUGCCCGCGCGGGUACGCCAUCGCGUCGGUCGACAUUCGCGGUGCGGGCCACUCGGACGGCGAGGUGCAGAUCAUGGGCCGCAGGAUGGGCGAGGACGGGUACGACGUGAUCGAGGCGCUCGCAAAGAUGGACUGGUGCAACGGCAACGUCGGCAUGGCCGGCAACAGCUUCCUCGCCAUCUCGCAGUGGCACAUCGCGGCACAACAGCCACCGUCGCUCAAGGCCAUCGCGCCCUGGGAGGGUUGCGGCGACCUGUUCCGCGAGCAGUUCUGCCGAGGCGGCAUCUUCGAGAUCUCGAACAUGGAUCUCAUCAACAAGCUCAUCAUCAAGGGGCAGAAGGGGACCGAGGACUUUGCCGAGAUGUACGCUCGUGAGCCGCUCCACUCGCCCUACUGGGCCGACAAGCGCGUCGACAUGACCAAGAUCAAGAUCCCGUGCUACGUCUCGGGCUCGGACUUUUCGUCGAUCCACACCAUGGGCUCGAUUCGCGGCUUCUGGGAGGUGCAAGGGCCCAAGUGGCUGCGGUGGUCCGGUCGUCAGGAGUGGCACGACCUCUACGUCAUCCCCGAGUCGAACCAGGAGCUCCUCGAGUUCUUCGACCAUUACCUGUACGGCAAGGAGAACGACUUUGUCGCCAAGACGCCCAAGGUCCGGUGGGCGCUCCUGCAGGGCGGCGACCGCGACGCGAUCGAGAACAUCCCCAUCGCCGACUUUCCCCUGCCCGACACCGACUACCGCGACCUGUACCUCGGCGAGGACGGCAAGCUCGUCGAGUCGGCGCCCCCCGAGGCGGCGUCGAGCGUGUCGUACCUGUCGCGCGGCGAGGGCAAGGACGUCGUCGCGUUCGACAUCCACUUUGACGAGCCGACUCAGCUCGUCGGGAUCCCCAAGGCCGUCGUCUACAUGUCGACCGACGACCACGACGACAUGAACGUGUACGUCACGCUCAAGAAACUCGACAAGGACGGCAACACGCUCCAGCACAUGACGGUCCCGCGCGCGCGCGCCCUCGCACCGUCGCAGGCCGACAUCGCGCCCAAGGACCGCACGUCGCUCCUCCUGCACCCGGGCUCGCUCGGCGUCCUGCGCGCGUCGCACCGCGACAUCGACGAGCGCAAGAACGUGCACCCCAACUGGCCGUGGCACCCGCACUCGCACGAGGACAAGCUCGCGCCGGGCGAGGUCGUGCGGCUCGAGAUCGGCAUCUGGGCCAUGGGGUGGCAGUACGAUGCCGGCGAGGGCCUGCGCGUCGAGAUUGGCGGCGGGCACGACAUGAACCACGAGAUCCGCCACUUUACGACCAGGUUCCCGCCCGAGUCGACGCUCAACAAAGGGCGGCACGUCGUCCACUUUGGCGCGCAGUACCCGAGCAAGGUCAUCCUGCCCUUUGUCCGGAUCUAG